ACAGUCAAUAGUAAACUCUGAGCAGUGGGAGGGACCUGUUACCUAAAAGUUAAUUAAGUCUCUUGCAGAGCUUGGAUAAGCAGUUGUUCUCUUGAUCAGGGACAGUGCUACAUGGGACCAAAACCUUUACAAUUCACUAGCUGUUCUCAGAAAGUUUGCCGCACGCUGAAGGUAUUCUGUUAGCAUCUUCAAAAGUCUUGGAUAAAUUGAAUUAUUAACCCAGGUCUUCCUGUCUUCUUGGUGAUAGUUGGUGGUUUAAGAACGAGGGUAUAUUCUGAUGCUGGACCUCUCUGUGUGAUAUCAACAUGACACUAUUGAGUUCUGAAAAUUCAUUGCUGAUCCGAAGCAAGUUUAGAUCAGUUCUACAAUUGCGGCUUCAGCAGAGAAGGACACGGGAGCAGCUGGCAGAGCAAGGCAUCAUGCCUCCUCUGAAGAACCCAGCUGUGUUCCAUGAACAAAGAAAAAGUCUGGAGAGAGCCAAGAAUGAAGAUUUCAUGAAACACAAAAUGAGAAACAGACCUAACAAGGCAGACCUACUCAAUUUACACGUUUUACAAGAUCUAUCAGCCGAGGGGCCAAAUCAAGCUACUCAAACCAAGCUGAAGAAAGCAAGACUUGCUGAUGACCUCAAUGAAAAAAUUGCUUUAAGGCCUGGACCUCUGGAGCUAGUAGAAAAGAAUAUAAUUCCUGUUGACUCUGCACUAAAAGAGGCCAUUAAAGGAAAUCACUUACACUGCUCAUCAGCGUCUGAUGCCUUUUCCUUUGAUGAAGACAGCAGCAGUGACAGUCUUUCUCCAGAGCCACCCAGAAGUGAAGACUCUCCAGAAUCAUCUGGUUCCAUGGGCUCUCCUCCCGACUCAAAGAGUGCACCAGCAACGUCUGCUACUGCAACAGGCACACUGCAGGUUACUUCCCAGUGUGUAACUGCAGAUGGUCAUAAUGUGGAAAAAAGUAAUCAGCCAGAAAGUCCAAAGGCAGUCAGUGACAAAGAGACAUCACCAAUACCUAUACCAACUACAAUAAAGUCUAAAUCUUCCAGUGAAAAAAAUCGCCACAAGAAACCGAAGGAUAUCAAACCCAAAGUGAAGAAGUUAAAGUACCAUCAGUACAUUCCACCAGACCAGAAAGCAGAUUGUUCACCUCCACCUAUGGAUUCUGCCUAUGCUAGGCUCUUGCAACAGCAACAACUCUUCCUACAGUUACAGAUUCUCAGUCAGCAGCAGCAAAGUCGUCAGAAUCCUCAGCACAAUCAGCAGAAUCUGCAGCACAAUCAGCAGAAUCCACAACAGAAUCAGCAAAAUCCACAGCACAAUCAACAAAUUCUGCAGCAUAAUCGUCAGAAUCAGCAGCAGCAGCAUUUCAGUUACCAACCAAACCAUCAACCAAAACCCAAGCAAGCAAGUGAUGUGAUACGAAAUUCAGGUUCAUUGCCUAACUCCGCUAACAGUACAUGCAGCUCUCCAAUGAAAUCAUCCUUCCCAGGACAGAACAGCAUUUCAUCCUUACGAUUAGGGCCACUGCCAUCCAAUCUAGAUGAACUGAAAGUGUCUGAAUUGAGACAGCAACUCAGAAUACGAGGUCUACCAGUAUCUGGUACAAAAACUGCUCUAAUGGAGAGGCUGAGGCCUUUUCAGGACCUUACUAACAACCCAGCAUUGAUAUCAAGUGAUGUAACAACUGUCACUUUCCCUGUUACACCAGCUAACUCCCUUACAAGCUACCAGUCACAGCCUACCAGCAAUGGGUUACCUAACAGCUGCUAUCAGUUCAACAGCACAUGUUCUACUCCACCCAUUUCCCCAGCAUCUUCAGAUUUCUCCAUAGGUGGUUCUUUGUCUGACUCCUUUAAUGAUGGGACCAUUUCUUCUCCUCAUUUUGGUCUACAACCCUCUCCAGCCCACUUAAGCCCCGAGGAAGGCCUGACAAGUAGUAGAAAUGGAGGCAGCAUAAAGUCUGAGCUGGAAAGUUUUGACAGUGACAAAGACAAGAUGCUGGUGGAAAAGCAAAAGGUUAUUAAUGAAUUGACUUGGAAGCUACAGCAAGAACAAAGGCAGGUGGAGAAACUAAAAAUGCAACUUCAACAACAAAAGAGGGGCAGCAGUCCUCAUGAAAAGCAGGAAACUUCUCAGCAUUUCUUUGGUAUAACAAUUAAACAAGAAAAUGUAGUAUCUAGUUGCCCAUUUUCAUCAGGACAUAUUGCACCCAAAUGUCCAACAAAUGAGUCUGCAAGGAACUUGAGUAGCAGUGGAGCUCCUCAGAUUCCCAGUAUUGUAAAUAAUUUGUGCAUGGAAGUGCACGGACAAGGAAACCUGCUGUCGUCUUCCUUCUUAAGUCCACAGUGCUCACCACAGCAUUCUCCAAUUGGAUCUAGGAACAGUCCACAGCACAUCAGCUUGCCUCCCUCUCCAAACAGCCAGUAUCUUCUCCCUGUGUCUCCAAGCAGCCAUGGAGGAGAAGGCUACAGUAUGUCUCCUCAUUCAAACAGACUGUGUGUUGCCCAGAUGACAAGUUUGCAGCCUGGCAACCACAUGAAUCAAAAAUUUCCCAUUCCAUCUCCAAACUUUUGCAAUUCAAACUCAUCCCUCUCAAAAAAUAAGCAACCUCCCUCCUAUGAGGAUGCUGUCAAACAGCAAUUGACUAGAAGUCAACAGAUGGAUGAGCUUCUUGAUGUGCUUAUCGAAACUGGAGAAAUGCCGGCUAAUGCUAAAGACAAUCACUCUGGUGUGCAGAAAACUCUUCAAAUAACAGUAUCUCCAGGACAAUCCAAUGUUACAGCAUCAAAACAACAUGGUCUCUAUGAACACAUUCCACCUUCCCGGCUUUGUUUUGAUCACUCCACAAGUAACUGUGACAGCCAUCUUGAAUCCAUAUUGAAUACUCAGAGCCCAGUAGGAAGAACAAGUGCCCUCACACUACUUAAAAUGACAAAUGAGCCGCAUUUAGAAGGCAUGGUGGACAGAUUUUCAGGAAAAGCUCAGGAAGAACCUACCGAAUCUCAUGAAGGUUUGGAAAACCCCAUCUCACCAAUGGAAACCCAGGUAUCACCAUCCUCUACAGAAGGUGCAGUCCUGAACCUAGGUUUUACUGAGUCACCAUGGGAAAGCAUGGAAUGGUUAACACUAACACCACCAAGUUCAGCAACAAGCUUUGCAUCAAUCACCAACAAUGGCCUUGGUAUGUUCAGCACUGACUUCUUGGAUGUUCCCGAUCUAAAUCUGAAUGCACCAAUUGACCUUCACUUAGAACAAUGGUAGGGUGAAUAUUGUUUGAUAAAAAGGACAAUAUGUAAUACCUCAAAAUGAGGUGGAAACAUCAACAAUACGGAAUUUUUGAAAAAAUCUUUAUAUUUGCUAUAAUUAUGCUGUUCAAAACAAACAUGCUCUUCUGUCAUAUUCAUUGAUACAGAAGUAUGGGGGGGUUGUGUUACAACUCUAUUUUCAUGCAAGAAUGAUUCAUAGUUUGGCUGGCUUUAAUGAAAAUAUUGUUUUCCAAAUGUGAACCCUGUAGUGGAAUCCUUGGCUAAAAUUUUGGUGACCAGGUGUUUCUCUGCACUUCCAGUUGUCUUUUUAAAUCUGUGAACCUGUGAAGAUGUCUGGUCAGACCCAUAUUGUUGUCAGACAAGGGUACAACCGGUUGCACCAGCUGUACCGCUGUUCCAUGCUGCAGGAAAGUCUUCAGGAAUGCCAGUGCAGCUUAUCAUAAGUCACAGAACAAGCCAUAAUCAUUGUACUUUGAUGAAUGCCACUGGCACGGGAAAACUGCAGUUCUAAGGCUAGUGAGCUACUUGUGUUCUCACUACAGCAGUUAAACUGAGAGCUACUAAUGAAUGUUGUUCCUUUUCCCUAAUAUCAAUGACUGACGUUUGAGCUUUGCAGUUGUGACAUAUGAGACUCCAUUAUUUUUUACAACAAAAACAGCAAACUCACCUGUGUUUCAAGUUUAAAAAUGCUUCCAGUCAGUUCAGGUGCUUCACUAUCAGUUAAGUAGCUGGCUGAUUUUCACACCCUUUGUUUCUUAAUCAAUGCAGCUGAUAAUAAACAAUGACAAAGUCAAGGUGCUCACAUCUGAAUAUUUUCUUCUGCUGAACAUACAUCAAUACUUCAAGUCCCAGAGUGGUCUAACAUAUAGUACAGCAAAGCUGCACAUACUGCGAAAAGGACUUGACUGGCAGACCUUGCAGUAUAAGCAGUUUAAAAGGACAAAGAUAGUAUAAUUUUAUGAUAUAAUAUAUGACAUGCCAGGCAUUUGUUUCAACUAAAUGUCAAACUGAUAGAAUAUCAAUGAUAGAAUAUCAGAGCUGAAGGGACUGAAAUGCUUUUUUGCAAUAGCAUGAAACACUCACUUACUGUAACUGUCAGUGUAAGACAUCUCUAGGGAUCUAAAGACCUAUACAGUGAAUCUCAAACUCUCAGAUUCUCCAUGUCUAUGACUCUGUCUCCUUAGUAUUAAGCAAUACAGUAAGGCAUUUUUUAGAUGCUCACUCAGUAUUAGCCAGCUCCCUUUUAAAAUAUUGGGACUCAAAAUGCUGACUUUCAAAAUGCUAAAAAAAAAGACAAAAUAGAAAAGAGUGAAUACUGAACACCACUUUACUCCUUUAAUCUUGGUUUUUGUUAGGCAGGCAAGCCCCCUCACACACACACUACCCCCCUUGAUUUGGGGGGAAAUCCACCCAUACCCCAUGAACUUAGAUACACUAACUCCAAGAUUGCCAUACCUCAGAGAAAAGAGAAUAUUAUGAGAAAUAGCAAUCUCAAACUUAGCAUACAGAAAUUUGGAUUUUUGGUCAUUCAGCCUCUAUAUUCUGGGUCUCAGUAUUUUGAGUCUCAGCAAUUCAAAUGUUUACUGUAUUAACCAACAGAGUACAUCAUGCAUGCAUCUAACAGUGAAAUUGCCAACUAACGUCUCUCAAGGUCAUGUUUGUUGUAACUUGAGAUUUCCUAUCAUUAGCUGCAGUGGAAUAAAAUGGAUGUGUUGUGUGGUGUGUGUAUAUUCUGUCUACUAGCAAAGCCUAAAAACAAAAAUGCUGUGCUGUUCUACUGUAUUAGCUCAGUUUUAUGUCUUCCCUCAUGAGGCUACGAUACUGAAGAUAUACAAUGAAAAAAGGAAGACAGGUAAAGAAUCUGUUUCAGUGAUAAAGGAAACUAAUAGUAAAAAUUAUAGACUCCAAAGUAGUCAGAAAAAGAAUACAUGUGACAUUGAAAAGGAUACAUGUUAUUCAAAUACUAUCCAAAAGCUAAUUAAAGAAAAGCAGAUUAUGCAAACAAGUGUAGGGGAUCGUUUUUGAACCGCUAAUUUGUAUUCACUUUUAACAAUAUCUGCAUUCCAGCUAUUUGAGGUGUCAUUUUUCAUAUUCUUUGUUAAUUACUAUGGAACACCACCCACUGCAGUAUCCCUACUCUAAUAAAACAGCAUAAAGCACUUCAAAAGCUGCAGUACAGAAUUCAUUCCAUUAGUGUAUGCCAAAUUACAGCUACACAGCUACCCAAAAAUUACAUGCAGCUAUCACAGAGUGUUACCAUAUAAGAAAACAGAUCAGUGCCGACCGUUCUAUAGCUUCAUUUUUAUAUUAAGCACUAUUUAAAGAAAGGUAAUGCCUGCACAUUAUGGGUCUUUGAUGAUAUCAUCUGUAAAUGUUCCUAAUUGUUAAAUUAAAACUUAUAUUUAUGAACAAAAUAUCAGAUGUGUUAACCUAUAGUCAUCUAGCAGAAGGUACAUUUGUACUCUGAAAAGAUUCUUUUGUAUUCAUAAAAUAAUUAUAUAAGAAGAAAUGUUGCCUAAAGUGACUUACAUUCUUUAUUGAGACUUUGUAUUGUAAUAUUACAAUACUUGAUUUCUACACUUCGUAGAAGUGUUACAUUAGAGCAUGAAAAUGCGUGUAAAAUUUUAUACUGAAGCUGCCAUUUGUACUGUAAAUGCUACUGUUCACAUGCUUUAUUUAAUUUCAUAGUCUCACACUAUUAGCAUUUUUGCUUGUUUUCUAUGAGUGUUCUUAGAAACCAUUCCAUAAACAGACAUUUGAUUAGUUUGUUUAAACUAUACUUUUGCAUAACACAAGCCUGUUUUAACUACCAGGGAUAGAGAGUGCAUUUUAUGAUGAAUGUCUGGUUGCCUUAAUGAAAUAAUUUGUCAUUCGUAAAAAUUCAGGAAAUGUAUGAUUUAUUUCUUACACAUAUAGAUAUAUACAAGUUAAAAUAUAAAACAAAAAUCCAAUACUGACAAAUGUGUUGUUCAUAAAUUUUUGUUAUUCACCUGCUUUCUGUUGAAAAACUAUUCUUUGAAAUGAUAAUACAGAUUCACAAACAUUC